UGACGUAUGACGAGUGCGCAACAAACAGUUGUUGGACUUCAACAGGCUAGCGAAGGAGAACGUUGGACAAAAAAAAAAACAAAAAAAAAACCCAGGCUCAGCUGACUCCUCCCGGUGCCGGAGAUACAGCCGAGAGCCAAAUGGUGGGAAUAUCGUAGCCGUAGUCCUCCGACCGUAAGCACCGGUAGUCCCGGUGCGUUUCCUGAGCGCUGAGCUUAGCCACCGAGGCAUGUUCAUUGCUCGGAGUGUGACGCCUGUUUUUUUCCGCCGCCGCUGGCUGAGGGCUGUGAUGCGAGAAGGGAGAGUUGCGCCACGACAGAGGGUGAGACCAAGAUCUAGAGCGGAGGGAAUAUAUUUCGUCUUCUUGUCACGGAAGAAUGAACUUGGAGAAACUGUCGGGUUGGUGUAAAGAAGCAGGCAUGCUACCCUACUCGGGCCUGGGCGUCAUUGUUGGACAACUUUAGCAAGCUAGCAACGCGUUAGCUCGCUUUAAUUCACGUUGAUGAUUUGGCUCCUUAAGCUCCCUGAGCGACCUGUUCGUUUUAGUAGAGUGGCCUGGCCCCGUUUGUUCCUGCCAGUAAUAUGCUGACUACCAGGGAGACAUUAUUCGCCCCCUAAACGAAGCAAUAAGAUAGGACUGCCAGAAAUUUAGCGCUUACCUGUGCGUUCAUAGUUAGGCUUUAUAGUUUGGUUUAUGAACAAGUGCAGGCAACAGUAGCGUUUUCUUGUUAAAUGACAUUUCAACAAAAUUGCACUUUAUUUAGUUGGUUUCUGACAACAUUUGACGGUUGUUUGUUGAAGUAUAUUAUUUUCACAUCGAAAACAAAAUAAAAGCAUAGAAAGAUGGAUGUUUCUCACACGCUUGAAUGACCAAAAAACGGGGACUCAUCAGCUUUAAAGUUAGAGAGAGGAGCUUGUCUGUUCCAGGUGGUCACUGUCUUACCUGCUGACCAUACGGUGUGCAACAGUUUGCGAGCUGAAAUGUAAACAUGAAUUUCGAAGAGCAGUGUCUAGAUUUGUGUAAUGUCAAGACAAAGGCCAACGUGGACGAUGAUCAUAACACUACCAACAACACAGAAGCGGUCACCCCUCGUAUUUCUGAACUGAUGACAGACAGUGACUUAGAGAAACAAACCAGUGUUCCCACAGAGGCCUCUGAAACCUACCUUAUGCCUCAGCUCACUGACAAUCUCCAGACAACUGAGGAGGACAACCAAGACACACUGGAAAUUGAUGAAGUCAAUGGAAAUAAAAAGAGCUGUGCCCAGGACACCCCUGCUGUAGAUAAUCCCACUGACUUGAUCUCGUCUAACGAUGAGCAGCACAAGAUUGUUAUAGAGGAGGAGGAGGUGAACAUGAAGGAGGACAAGGACAGCAACUCUGCACAAGCUGUUGUGGAGGCAGGGGACGAUGGCGUGGACAUGGACAUCGGGGUGGAUCUGAGUCUGGACGAGAGCGGGGUGCUGGAGGCCGAGUCUGCGAACGCCACGUCGAUCUCAGACAACGCUUUGAACUCCAAGUCCAGUCCUCAGUACGUCCCAGCCGGCAGGACAGCAGAAGGCCAGGCAAAUGCAAUCCAGACGUGCAGCACCGAGGCGUCUGCCGCUGAUCAAGCGGGACUGUAUCCCUUGGUGGAGGAGGGGGAAGAGAAACGCAAACAGAGUGGAAAACGGGUGACAUUUCCUUCAGACGACGACAUUGUUUCUGGAGCGGUGGAGCCGAAGGACCCCUGGAGACAUGCUCAGAAUGUGACGGUGGAGGAGAUCCUCUCUUCCUACAAACAGGCCUGUCAGAAACUCAACUGUAAACCUAUCCCCAAAGUUCUCAAACAAAUACAGGAACUGAAAGACCUGACUCAGCGAAAUGAAUGCUUGGAUCUGAAGGGUGAGAAGCUGGACUACAAAACGUGCGAGUCUCUGGAGGAGAUUCUGAAGAGAGUCCAGUUUAAAGUGAUAGACCUGGAGCAGACCAACCUGGAUGAAGAUGGUGCGUCGGCUCUCUUUGACAUGAUCGAGUACUACGAAUCAGCCACACAUCUCAACAUCUCCUUCAACAAGCAUAUCGGCACACGGGGAUGGCAGGCCGCCGCUCACAUGAUGAGAAAGACAAGCUCCCUUCAGUAUCUGGAGGCCCGUAACACUCCUCUGCUGGACCACUCGGCUCCGUUUGUAGCCCGGGCGCUCAGGAUCAGUGGCAGCUUGGCAGUCCUCCACCUGGAGAACGCUGGACUCUCUGGCAGGCCGCUCAUGUUACUAGCCACGGCGCUGAAGAUGAACAUGAACCUUCGAGAGCUGUACCUGGCAGACAACAAGCUCAACGGCCUGCAGGACUCGGCUCAGCUCGGAAACCUGCUCAAGUUCAACUACAACAUCCAGAUUCUGGACCUGCGCAAUAACCACAUCCUAGACUCAGGUCUGGCCUACCUGUGUGAAGGACUAAAGGAGCAAAGGAAAGGUCUCGUCACUUUGGUGCUAUGGAACAACCAGCUAACACACAAUGGCAUGGGCUACCUCGCUGCUGCACUGCCGUGCACCCAGAGUCUGGAGACUCUGAACCUCGGCCACAAUUCGGUGGGCAACGAAGGAGUCCACAAGCUGAAGGACGGACUGAUCGCCAACCGCUCUGUGCUCAGGCUGGGACUGGCUUCCACCAAGCUGUCCUGUGAAGGAGCUGUCGCUGUGGCCGAGUUCAUCGCAGAGAGCCCCAGAUUGCUGCGUCUGGACCUUCGGGAGAAUGAGAUCAAGACCGGAGGCCUGAUGGCGCUGUCGCUCGCGCUGAAGGUCAACAACUCGCUGCUGCGCCUCGACCUGGACCGAGAACCCAAGAAAGAAAGUGUUAAGAGCUUCAUCGAGACGCAGCGCGCCCUGCUGACCGAAAUCCAGAACGGCUGUAAGAGAAACUUCAUCCUUGCGAAGGAAAAGGAGGAAACCGAGGAGAAGAUGAAGCUGUCGGCCUCCAUGGCUGAAAUUGCCACAGAGGACGGAACGAGGGAGGAAGAGGAAGACGUACCGGCUUCAGCUGAGAGAAAGGAAGGAGAGGAGGAAAGCGAACCGACUGAAAACGCGCCACAAACAGACAGCCGGUCAGAAACGAGCCCCGAUACGACCGCUCCUCCUGAAAAUCUGGACUCUGACUCGGACACCGAGGAUGAGGAUGAGGGAGAGGUGGUGACCAAGUCUUCUCCCAUUGUGUCGAACCAGGCUGCUCCCGUCAGUCAGCCCCCCCUUAGUGCCUCACGUACCCCCUCGCCCCACUCUGCCUCGCCUACAAGAGCACCAGCUUUGAUUACGGGAAUAACGGUCACAGAAUCUACGGUCCCGGCGCCUCCGGGGACGCCGCCCUCGCCUGGCCGCUGCAUCUCCGUGUCGAGUCCCGGAAGGGGCCACAAGAUAUUUAUGGUGACGCGGGUGGAGAGCCCACCGGAGCAACUGCAGAAAGCUGCAGCUCCCUGCCCACCGAAAUACUCGACGACAGUAACACCCGCACAAACACAACUGACACCGGAGGGCGCCAACGGGAGCCCGCCUGCUCCGUCUACAGACAACAAAACGACAGAGGAGACCCCCGGCGAGAGACUAGGAGCUGACAGUCCCAAACCAGACCCGCUGUCGUCAGAGGACGCGAAAGCCAGAACUUUAGAUCCAGCAGGAUUGACGGAUCCAAGUCAGCCAACACCAGCAUUGCCUUCCAACUCCUCUCCUCUGCCAGAUGUGGCUUUGAAGCCAACGAGCCCCCCGGACGGCCCCCCUCAGGAUCCCACCGCCACAGAGGGAAGCAAUAAAGCAGAGGAACACGAGGGAAAGCUACAAGAUGGCGGGCAGGGACCCUCCACAAAUGAACUAGCUCAGCCGACACCUGCGCAGGAAGAGCUAAACACUGACCAGACAGCAGGACCAGGAGAGUCCCCUCCCCCUAACCCAACGGACGACGAGCCAAGCCGAGAGGAAAUGAGUCCAGACCCGGUCCAGACCAGCCAGCAGGCUCCAUCGUCCUCCAAUCCGCCUGAAGACGGCACUGACGUGAAUCCAGGCUCACAAGUUAAAGAUCAAGAGUCGAGUGACGAGAACUCGGCCGAUGAGUGUUUUGUGGAGGCGCUGGACGGAGAGGUGGUCGCUUCAGCUCUGCCCAACGGCCUGAAGACGGAGUUCUCCCUCCACCUGCUGGACGGCGAAACCCCGAAGCCCGGCAGCUGUGUGAUGGAGCACGUUAGUUCCAGCUGUGCACUGGAGCUAGAGGAGCUGCUGCUGGAGGCCAGCAUGGACAACGGGAGAGACGCAGCGUAAACUGGGACUGCGAGGACAGGUGGAAGCAACACUAAGACGAUUCGUCAAGCUCUGCAACACGACCGGCUGCCCCACAAUAUUUUUGUCGUUUCUUCACGUUAUCCAACAACAAACAACGCUUCCUGUAAAGGACGGAUGACGCAGUGUUGAGGUCAAAAGCUCCUAACAUGAAAAUACAAAGAGGACAGUAUCACCCGGAGCUCAACGUGCGACACAUAGGAAGUCUUCUACAUCCAUAGCUACAUCACCCACAUGAAAGUUGGGGGAGGUGUAGGGAUCCCCCCGCUGUUUUCACUACAUUUUCCCGUUCUGUGACAUUUCCGUGAACCUCGAAGAGUCGCAGACUGAUCAGGGACGGAGGAGCGGACGGUAAAACACUAACCAAAGACCUUUCUGACAGCCCUUACUCGCUUCUCCGUAGAUUGUCGUCGGGCAAAUCGAUUCAGUUUUUCAUGACUCAAGACGUAAGGGUGACGACGAGAAACACAGUGGCCCCCUGCUGAGCAGACCUGCUGGCUUUAAAACACUCGAGGUUGGGAGUAAGUUGCUGUUAAAGGCUUUUGUAUCCAAGAAACCUGAGGAUGUUUAUCCAUCUGUGUAAAUGUAAACAUUGCGUGUGUCUCCUGGUCUUCUCUCUCUCUUUCUCUCUUGCUCCCCACCAGAAAUAAAACUCUAAGGGACCUCUGCCAAAGUGACUUUUUUUUUCCUGUGUUUUCUCAUCUUCUGCUCUGUUUGGCCCCUCAGGAAUCCGCGUUCUCUUACUUGCUGUCCAGACCCGACACGGAGAACAUUAAAACACACGUUUUGCACGAUUGAAACCUCCGUUUUAUGUUUGGCAGAAGGAAUAUAAUCCCAAAUUACAGAAUUGCACAAAUCAUAACUCAGAACUUAUGUCAAUUUAAAGAGUAGUCAGAUUAGAUAUGUUUUUUUUUUUUGUUUUGUUUUUAUUCCCCUGAGUUUAUUUAGCUCCAAACUCCUCGCACCUUCUUCUGUUUCCCUUAGUUUUUCACUUUUUACUCAACUCUCACCCAUUCAGCUGCUUUGAGAAAUGACUUAUUUUUGUAUUUUUGGACAUCUUUUUGGUUUAAAAUGUUUCCAUCUCCAUCUGCUGGUGUUAUCCAAGGGGUUGCUUUUGAAGCCGAUGCCCUUUUUGAUGUACAUUUCAUAUGCAAACUAGAGAAAAUAUUUAGAUUAAAGGACGUUUUUUUGGGACGGGAUAAUCUAUUAUAGGAGUAAAUGGUGGGUUUAGUUGAAUGGUUGACUACUGGGGUGCAGAAAGCUGUAAACAUGUCGAGGCUCUUGUUCUGCAGCAGCCCUGCAAAGCGGAUCAUUGGCCACAAGGGGGCGUUGAUGGCUGUUUUUUUCUUUCAUUCGGACUUGAAGAAGAAUUAUGAGCUCAACAGCUAAAUAUUUUUAGAUCAAGACAAAAGACUUAAACAUUAAAACAUCCAUUUAAUGUUUCUGUGAAGAGGUCCAGUUCUCUCUUCACGUUUUGCUUUUGGUUCCCCUGCAGCAGAAACAGGAAGGUUGUGUUUUCUUUUCUCCUCCGUGGAAACAGCAAUCCAUCCCACAGCGAUUCUCCACCUAAAUGGUAGUUUUCCCCGCACCCUGCCACCCACACUGUUUGUAAUGCUUUAAUUUUUAGAAAUUUUUAAUAAUAAUUUGUUAACUUAAUUGAAAUGUGCUGGUAAUCGCGAAGAUAUGUAUGGCGAAAUUUGUUUCUCUCCAAUAAAUGCAUGUAAUGAUUAAUGAAA